CGCGGUGCUGAUCCGUGCACACUUCGUUCGUGGUCGAUCGCGCGAGGACCGCGUCCCGUCGACGGAAACGGAGACUCUCGGUGUCGUUACGCGUAGAAAAGCUGCGACCGCGCCGGGAAAAGGGAUACGCGAAGGGUGCGCGAGAUCCGUUACGCCUCCGCGCGCAAAUAAGAGUACGCGACGUGUACGCGUUUGCGCGUUUACUCGCCGUUUUACUCCACGUACGCGAGCGUGCCCGAGAUAGCCCGUCCGUCCGUACACGCGGAAAUCGCGGUGACAUGCUCGCACGAUCGGUGCGUCGCUACUCGUAGGUGCUUCCCGUGUCAGGUUCCUAUGAUGCAUACCACGUACCCGUGCGACUCGCCCGGAAGAUUUAGCUGCAGAAGAGUGCAUUCGAGAUUACUCUCCGGCAGGCCAGGCGUAAGACCUCAGGGAUUUUCGUUUCUCAUUCGGUGCUGGGAUAAGGUUGGCGGAUCUAUAUGGGGCAAUGCGUGUCUCGUAAGGCGGGCGCCGUCGUCGCAGCAUCCGGUCAUCACAACUCGCCCUCGUACCGUAUCAUGGACAAGGCCCAGAAACAGGGCGAUCUACGGGGCUCCUCGAAGCGCGGCGCGUCGCACACGCGCGGCACCGCGAUGUCCUUCGGCUUCCGGCGACGACCCGCUAGCGGAAUACCGAUGCCCAUAACGAGCUACACCGGCGCCGCCGAAAAGAGCUUGCUGCAUCCACGAUCGAAGUCGGCUGGUCCAGAGCAAGACCGCAGACGGAUGAUGGACGAUGACUGCAACUGCAACGCGAUCCAUAAUUCGUCGUCAGGUCGAUCGACGCCACGACUGGCGCCGCCAAAGAAGGACUCGAGCGGAAUAGGCGUCCGAACCAACCGCUUCGGUUACAGGCAGCCGCAGGGAAGGACCUUGUUCACGAACAAGGUCGGCGACAUCUGCAGCAAUCACACCAUCACCCAUUAUAACCAGGAGAAGGUGCAGCAACUGCAGCAGCAAUAUAAUCAGCAACAACAAGCGGAGAAUUACUUUGCCAAGCAAACGAGCAGAGCGUCGCAACAUCUAUGCGGCACGGCCGCACCGACGAAGCCUCGCCCGUCGCCCUCAAACAACGUGGCUUACAGUAGUGGCGGUAAUUCGAUACAGCAUACCGACGUGAAUAAACGAGCCUCGGGGAUCCCGGAACCCAUCACUAGGUACACCCUGCAUACCAGUCAUCUACCGUUGCCUCAGUUCGCCGUGCGGGUGAACGACUCGAACUCGAAGAUCGCGAAAACAGCGGCAAAUCAGAGCCGAAAGAUAUCCACGUCGACGCAGAAAGGCUCGGGUAGCUCGAAGGAGGGCUCGAUGACCGAGGACUCGGGUGUCAGCAGCCAACCAGCCGGUCCCGACGACAACGAUAGGAUCAGAUCGGUGGAUUUCGUGGACGAGGGAGCCACGAGGAGACGCGGAGUCGGCAGACCGAGGAACCUGCGUAUGGUGGUGAACGGCAAGAGCUUUGACGUCAGGGAUGUCCGAGACGACGACAGCACGGUCACGGAGAUUUCUGUAAUCCCGCUGCCAAAAUCGUUCGUGAGCGCGGCCAAUCUGAAUACCGGUUUCGUGCGUGAGCGCGCCACGCAGUAUCAACGUAUCGUCAGCAAGGACAAUCGUUACACGGACUCGACCGCGUCAAUGUCCACUACGUCCUCGGAGGGCUACGACGAGGGAUGCCUGAGCGAGGAGAAGGUCUACAAGGACCGUUCGCACACGGAGAAGAUCCCGUCCAUCAAAUCGGAUUUCAGUCCGCCCAGCUCCGACGAUCCCGAGUACGGCCACGGCGAGGCGAUGGCGGAUGAGUACUCGUUGAGCUCCAGCGACGAGUGCCAGCGCUCGAACUCGAUCAUCGCUCAGCACGCGCAGCCGAUCACGCAAGUCACCGCGAAGAACGGCGCCGCAUCUAAGAACGCACUGCGCUCAGUGCUGCUGACUAUCGAGGAUCCGGCAUUUGCUGCCGCGGCCGCCACUACAACUACACUGAUAGACGACGAGACUUCGCCGGUCGACAGCCUGUUCGACAGUCCCACCGCCAGUAUCACUCAGUCGGACGGCAAGCCUUCGAAGAAGGACGAGGAGCACGUAGAACGUUCGGACAAUACUCUGGAAGAUGACAGUCCUGGCACGCCGACGAACGCCUCCAACUCGCUGAGCUUGUCCGAGGGUAGAGAGUUCUUCGACGACGAGAUUGCCGAUCAGCCCGGAUUGAUUUUUGACGAUAACAAUUCGAGGGUCAGAGCCGAAACACAGUCCGCCAUGGGCAGUCAAAUAAUCACCGAGAAUAGCCACACUUUAAUCGAGACAAGCUCCAAGACGAGUGGUGCGCACGUCAAAGGCAUGAGCAACAGUCCUCAUCACGGACAGCGGCUGCAUCGAACUGGAAGCGUGGACACUUUAUCACCCUGCGAGUCCAUUGCCUCGGACGAUUUAAUGUUGGAUUACGAUGCUAGCGACGCAAGUUCUUACGAGGAACAGCAGCGACUAAAUUCUAAUCCCGCGUUGCACGAGCUGGAUGAUGCCACCAUAAUAUCCGAACUGGAAGCCCAGGGCGAGGAAGUGAUGAGGCAGUGGAGCUCACUGUUAAGCACCGCGCACAUGCAAGAGGAGGCGAACUCCAAUACCGCCAACAACAAUUCCGUCAACAGCGGGACGGGCAAUAACAACAACCAAACCACCACCGAAUCUGGAAUCGGAAGUGACAGGAUGUCAAGGCUGUUUCGCAGCAGAUCCGGAACGGAAUCACCGCGUUCACUAGACAACAUGCGCAACCGUCAGGUUUCUAGUCCCAUGCGAUCGUCGGGGAAUGUUAGUCGGAUUUCAUCGCCAUGUGUCGAUUCCGGAGACGAAGCGAGCCUCAGGAUAGAUCGCGGAACGUAUCAGUACAUGUUCCAGGACAUCGUCUCCAUAAAGACGAUGCUCCUGAAACUCAAGCGAAUCCUUCAGGAGUCAGGAGAGAACGAUUUGACGAGGACGGAAACUCUCAAUCCAUUCGACAAUGCGAAGAAUGGCCUCUUCUGUAACCUGAAUGAAGGUGGUACCGGUACCAUCGACGUGAGCACCUCACCUGGCAGCGGUGGUAGCAGUAUCGCGGACGAAUUAGCAGACUUGCGGAGGCAGGUGGUGUUUCUUCAGGGCCAGGUGGAGGACCGGGAUCGCACCAUACAGCUACUUGAGGUAAAUAACGAGCUCCAAAUGUCGAAGCUGCAAGGGCCCAAGAACGGCGACGUUCAAAAUUGUAUCCUACCGACACGCAACAUCUCCUCCGUGGACACGUGUAACGCCGCUACGCAAACAGAGAAGACACGUCCAGUGUCGGCGGGGCCCUCGCUCCUGCAGUCACUCCCACAGGAUGGUGUCAUGGGGCCUCUCGUUAGUUGGAGUGACUCGUCGGACCGACAGCGACCCUCGCUGCUCUCCGAGCUUAACUCCGCCGGGAGCCCUCGCAAGCCAAUCGAACGUUUACCUCAUACGCUAAGACUCCGCCAGGAACAGGCCCCGGCGCGGCGCGGCAACGCGCACACGAGGAGGCACUCGUCGGAGAGCGUGACCGGCUCACCCAGGUCGAAGGACUGCGCGAAACCGCCAUGCGACUCGAACGAUAUGGAACAACGCGACGCCAAAAUAGAAGGAAACACAGUCAAGUCCCUCAUCCCGACGCCCAGGAAACUCAGACUUUAACAACUAAGAGGGCCAGGGGAUGGCAGUGCCUGAUCGACGUUAUCCCUCCAUCGUCACUCCCGUUGCGGACGUCUGAAUCUCCGUGAAGCAGAAAAAUACGUCAGACGGAUCAACCGCGAAUCGAUAGAUCGCUCGAUCCAUAUUAAUACCUUCUGAUAGAUGUUAUCUACUGCUUGGCUAUCAUCCUGCAAUUAUCCGUGAUUAUAUAUAAGUUGCGACAGCUGUUUGCGUUGCACUUGGAUUAUAUGAGUUUCAAGUGGAUUUAAAGAUUCAUUUUACGCGGCCAUGCGGCUUCGUUAACGUUCCCACGUGUCGUGUGCCGUGCAAUGUGUGGGUUCAGACGUUCGCACGGAACGCGGGAAGGGCAGACAGUCUGCCCUUUGCUCGUAAUUAAAGUUCUCCGCGCGUCACGAAGUUCACGUUCCUCGUAGCGCAUAAUUCCUCGGCGCUCGUUACGCGCACGUCCGAUAUAAUUUGCCGCGCUGUACUUACAUGACGUGCUGGGCAGAGAGUGUCGCGCGAAGUCGGCUAUUCCUGAACGGGUAUUUCGGGCGGCGUAUAAUUUCCGUGGCGCGGCUACGCGCGCGAGAAGACACUACGGACACGUUGACUCUCCGUUAACAUUAGCGAUUAAAUUUUCAUUUUCUCAAACCUGAUCUCAAGCGCAAAAUUAGGGAUUAGUGGAUGAUUCGCACUGUGAAAUUCGCCGCGUCUGCUUCGUCUGUCCGGCAAAACGAUUUGGGACCUGCGGUACGAACUGUAGGUGAUGCGUUAGCCCGUAUGUGCGCGUGGAAUCCUGCACGGAUUCGCCCUCGGCAGCCGAGGUUCUGCACGCGUUUUUAGUUCAAAUGAAAUCUUAGUUACGGUUCUACUGUGCAAACAAUUUUGUAAUAUAAUUUAUUGUAAAUAUAAGCGCAGAAUUUUUAUUUAAGUAUAUAGUGUACACAAUUAUUAAUCGAGAAAUGAUAUUUUCUUGAAAAUGAGAAAGAGAGAUGAUUCGGUCUUUCGGAGUGGUAGAUUCUUGGAAUUCGCACGCGCCUCGAAAGUUACGUUUCUCAUGAUUUCUCUGUACAUAUUUUCAGAUCUGCAUUUUUCAAACGGAGAAAAUUCCUCCAAGUACACAUUACUUAUCAUUGUGCAUUUAUCAAACACGAAUCUUCUCCAGCUGACUGUGAUUCGGCGAGGAUUAGGUGCAAUUUACUUAUCGCUUACGUGCAAAAGGAAAAGUACAAUUCGUUUAUCCGCGUUAUACAGACACGAGUGCGUCCGUGUGUGUCUCGGGAAAAAUCGCACGGAUGUGACACUUGGGUGUCUGUAGACACGCCGCGUGACAAACGGACGAGAAUUACGUACGGAUCGUAAUUAGAGAAGCCAGGGUAUUAUGUAAAUUCCACGUGUCUUUUAAUUUAUUGCGUGUUUCGUAUGUGCUUGGUGCUAGCAAGAGUUUGUAUUCAAUGUAUGAUGUUUAGACUCUCCUGUCUAUUACAGGCGUAAUAGCGUGCCGGUGGACAACACUGACGGAAAUUGCACUCGCAAAUAAAACAAGCAGCUUCGACUUUGCACACUUGCGGAUGUACCAUAAGCGUACGUAAAACGUUGUGUACUCCACUGUAUCGUGAAAAUGUGCAUUCGUAUGUAUAGCACUAGAUGUAAACUGUACUUAUGUACGCUAGACGUAUUUUAUGUACGCUUAUGUACGUGAUAUAGCGCAAAUAUGCGAGAUCGUUGUUGGAUUGUUCAUUAUUAUACUCGUGUACAUUUCCUGUCCGGCUUUGUCUACCGAUUCACUUGAUUAUAUCAGAAGAGAUUGGAAGUUGGGUGCAGCAGCUUGAUUUUAGAAUUGAUUGCACUGUAUUUUUAUGAUCGGAAGACGUGACCUCGAAGAAAUUCGCGAUCCAUCUGCACAGAUGCGCAUUGUCGUACAAAGUUUCUUUCCUCUGCGAGAUGUGACAAUAAUCAUUCCUACAAAAUACGAUAUCGUAAAUCUUUUCUCAUUUGCGUAAUUCAAAAUAUUCUUUCGAUGAUUCUGGGAGAAUGAUAGAAAAAGAAAAUUAUAUUUAAGAGCCAGGAGAAGCUAAAUAUUAUAUAAUCAUUGUAUAUUCAUUUGUCCAUAUUUUAAUUUAUAUAUAGUGAUUGUAUAUGCGUAAAUAUAAGAAUGAGAGAGAGAGAAUGAGAGAGUGAGAGAAGAAUAAAAAGAAGAGAAAGGGAUGUGAAUCUCAUCAAUUUUUUUAAGAAAUAUGUAAUAAAAAUGCGAACUCUAUCUGUAGAAAAGUCUUAGUUCUUUCGCAGAAUUAUCUUCGCAGGACAUGCGAGAUCAAAUAUUUAUGGAAAUGUAUUGAGUAGUUCACAAACAUCCGCUUACUGUUAAUAACGGAACAUGCGAAUCAAUAGGUCAAUAGAUCUGGUAUAUAUGGAAUAAGUUAAGUGACAAUUUCAUUGAUAUUAUCGGUAAACGACCGAGACUUAAAUGUUGAUCAUCUUCUAUGGCUGUUACACAUCUUCGAAAAGCGAAAAUUGAUCGAAUCUACAUAACUAAUGCGAUGAUUCUGAAAAUCGCAGAUCCAUUUUUUGUCGCAUCAUAUAAAGUUAUGGCAAAUAAAAAAACAUACGUAACAUA